AUGACAGGGCACCAAGAAUCGGACGGCGGUGAUGCCGAGACUAGGAUUAACGAGGAAGGACAGACAGAGGACGCAAUGGAAGAAAUGCAAAGUGCAACAGACGGAACCCAAAGUGCUUCCGACGAUACGGAAAAUCUUUUAGAGGAAAUGCAGGAUGCUAUAGAUGAAACGCAGAAUCCAAUAGAGGAAUUCCAAAAUGCAACAGAUGAAAUGCAGGAUGCUACAGAUGAAAUACAGGAUCCAAAGGACGAAACACAAAAUCCAACAGAGGAAAUGCAACAUCCAACGGAGGAAACGCAAAAUCCUACAGAGGAAACACAAAAUCCUACAGACGAAAUGCAAAUUCCAACUGAGGAAAUGCAGGAUGCCACAGACGAAAUACAGAAUCCAAAGGACGAAAUGCAAAAUGCCUCAGAGGAAAUGCAACAUCCAACGGAGGAAACGCAAAACGUUACAGGCGAAAAAGAAGAUCCAAAGGAGGAAUCGCAACAUCCAAUGGAGGAAGCACAAAAUCCAAUAGAGGAAAAACAAAAUGCAAUAGAGGAAAUGCAACAUCCAAUACAGGAGACGCCAAAUCCAAAAGAAGAAUCGCAAAGUCCAAAAGGGGAAGCACAGUAUCCAAUACAGGAGUCUCCAAAUCCAAAAGAGGAAUCACAAAGUGCAAACACUAGCACAGAGAGUGAGCAGACAGGGUCUCUAGUAAAACAGGGACAUCUCAUGAGCUUUUCGAAUAUCACCUCUGCAGUGGAAGUAUGUCUAGAGGUGGAACCGCUGCCGAGUGUCUUCUACAAUACGGUGACGACAUUCAUCGAAGAGAAGCCAGAUGAGAACGAAUUUGAACAGGAUAUUAAGGACAGAGAUCCGACGCGGUGCUUUCCAACUAGCUCCAGAGGCUUCGCCGGGAUGCUGAGACAGCCGCUGCACAAGACGCCACCAAACCAGCAGAUCGUAUGGAUGAUCGCUAGAUACGAGGCGAUCUGCCAGAGGCUGCAGGAGACCGGGAACAGCCUGGCGCGCAUAAGGGCAGGAAGCGCCAGUAUGACGCGCCAGCAGCUCAUGCAGCUUUUCGUUAACGAACGAGAGAAGCUGUUCGGGAAAGUCGAGUACUUCCCAGUCGGCGAGCCUUACCUGGGAAUGCCGCCCUUCACUCACUUUUUUAAGCGCGAGGAACUGUUGUACUUCGGCAUAUGCCAGUCGCCAUAUGACACCGUUUCCGUGGACAAAAUGCGCGACGGGACGGAAAUCGCGCAGGCGAUCAUACUUGACGGAACCCCCUCGCUGAGGGAGGACAUGGGCACCAGGUUCAUAUUAUACUGCAAGUUCGAAGCAGGUGGCAACGAUGUCAGUGAUUAUACUGACAAGAACCAACCCAUUUUCCAGUCGUGGAUACAUGAAGUACCCAUAAGGGUGGUUCGCGGAUACAACGCAGUAUCGAGAUACGCACCAAUUUGGGGAUUCAGAUACGACGGACUUUAUCGCAUCAUCGCAGUGUACUCAGAUAACAACAAACAGGGAGUUAGGGUUUGGAGCUACGUAUUCAGCGCAUGCAACCCGGACCUGGAGCCGCCGGUAUUCUUGCAGACGGAUGAGGCGUCCGAGUCGAUGUCGACAUAUGACCAAGACCUCAAGUCGGUCUUUGUCAACCACUUCUACAUACACGCCAAAUUCCAAAAGUCAAUCAAGAAAAAGAUAUCCGAAGACCUGAGGCAAGUUGACGUGGUUUUGAAUGGCAAGAAGCUCUUCACUAUCGGGAUACCGCACCUGCUCAGAGCAGGGAGGCGCCACCGCAGACAAGUGCCCUUGGUGGUCAACUUUGCAAUCAUAUACCGGUACAUCAGACGACUUUGCAAAGUCGCAAAAGUCGGGCAGCAAUGGCUGGAGGGCCCUGUUGCGGAAUACGAAAGGGCGAAAAAGGAGGGCUCUCCGAUUUGGUGGGCUAGAGGAGGGUACCUGCCAAUGAAACUCACAAUACAAUACAUGGAACCCAGGAGGUCGCUGUCGAUGGAGGUCGUCAGGGGGCAGUGCAAGGAAAAGGUAACCUCGAAGAAAGUCAGGUUCCAGAAGACCCUUAUCAUCAACCGAGAACUGGCCAAAAACAUGGCCAGGCCUUUCUUCCCGCAAUCGGACAUUGACUCCAUUUGGACGUACAUAGAACUAACUGAGCCUAUACACUCCACUUGGAACCCUUACGAGGACAUCAGUGCGGGAUCGGAGGUCCAUCCCAUACCGGUUGUCAAUGACGUGGACGAUGACGAACCGCCCAUGGUCUUCACCUACAUACGCAGCAACAUCUACUUCUCCAGGCUGCCGCACCUCAAUUUCGACCCAGUUUGCGCGGGGUGCAUACCGGACACGCUUGACAAAGAGUCGUGUCAAAACGUCUCGGUCAAGGGGUUCUGCAAGGGACUCAUGGACCCGAAGGGCAGGCUUUUCUGCCAAGGGGUCAACAAGGGGUACCUCUCCACCAUACAGUCGCGAGCGGCAUGCUCGGACAACUGCCCGUGCUCAAACGACUGCAGCAACAGGCUGUUGGAGGGAGUGCAGGUGCCGGUGAAGCUGGUCAAAACAACCAAUAUGGGAUGGGCGCUGCACACCAUGGUGCACAUCACCAUAGGCACGUACAUUAUGCAGUACGUCGGGGAGGUUGUUUGCCGCAGCGAGAUGAUAGCCAGAGAACACCAGUACGACAAGCUUGGUAGGUUCAACUACUGCAUGGAGGCCGUGGAAAGCGAGACGCUGCACGACGAUUGGCAAAUGCCGUGCAUGGACUCGAUGGUACUAGGAAACAUCGCACGCUUCCUCAACCACUCCUGUGAUCCCAACGUGGAGGUCAUCACCGUAUGGCGCGGCGACGACUUCCCUUGCAUCGCAGUGUACGCGCUGCGCGACAUCGCGGCGGGGGAGGCGCUCACCUACUGCUACGGACCGCAGUACAAAAACAUACCCUGCCUGUGCGACGCGCGUAACUGCAGAGGGGUCAUCGGAAACCAUUGA